ACCCAGACGCAGCAGGCCAAGUUCCUGACGUGGCAGUUUGAUGGCGAGUACCGAGGAGAUGACUGUACAGCCACUCUGACCCUGGGGAAUCCCGACCUGAUUGGGGAAUCGGUGAUCAUGGUGGCUCACUUCCUGCAGAGCCUCACCCAUCGGCUGGUGCUGGGAGGAGAGCUAGUUUAUCACCGGAGGCCAGGCGAAGAGGGCGCCAUCUUGACACUGGCUGGGAAGUACUCGGCGGUACACUGGGUAGCUACAUUGAAUGUGGGAUCAGGUGGGGCCCAUGCAAGUUAUUACCACAGGGCCAACGAACAGGUCCAGGUUGGAGUGGAAUUUGAGGCCAACACAAGGCUACAAGACACAACCUUCUCCUUUGGUUACCACCUGACUCUGCCCCAGGCCAACAUGGUAUUUAGAGGCUUGGUGGACAGUAACUGGUGUGUGGGUGCUGUGCUGGAGAAGAAGAUGCCCCCCUUGCCUGUCACCCUAGCCCUUGGAGCCUUCCUCAAUCACUGGCGCAACAGAUUCCACUGUGGCUUCAGCAUCACUGUGGGCUGAGGGGGUCCCAGAGCCAGCCCCCACAGACGCUGGAACCUCCAAGUCAGGUGCCCUAGGGCCAGAGACUAGGCCCCCUCUCCAGAGCCCACCUUGCCGAGUGACCUGUGGGUCCCAGGAGCAGAGUGGGGGACAGGACCGUGCCCUCCUCAGAACUGGAGCUGCCACAGGGGCAGCUGCUGAGGCAGUGGUGUGAGGCCCCCACCUCUGCCACUGGCCCCAGGCUCCUCUUCCCAUGCUCUUGUGGCUCUGGACUAAGGGAGAAGGAUUAAGGGGUGUGUCUGGCCAACUUUUCUCCCCUCACUAACCCCCUUCUUCGUUUCCCUAUCGAUUAAAGCUCCUAGGUUCUUCCUCCUCAGAGCAGAACAGUCUGCAUGGGAUUAGCUCCCUACCCUGUUUUCCAUCCCAGAGUCUCCCAGGGCUGGGAAGAGGACGGCUGAAGGGCUAAAUCUUUGACCUCAGAAAGUCCCCCCCGCCCCCAUUCCCAGAAGGAGCUUCUUUACCUCUUAGCCCUGAGGCUUCCUCCUUCCCCAUCUUCCAUGCUUCCAGAGAACAACUCUGUCCCCGUGAUCAUCCCCCACCAACCCCGAGACUGCAUGAAGAGGCAGUUAUUGCUUUAGUCUUUCAUUGCAACCACUGGGCUCCCUUUCUACUGGUUCCAGCCUCUGGCCCCAGCAUUUUCCCCUUUCCAGUCCAACGUGUGAAGUUGGCUGGGCUGGGGAAGGAGGCAAGCUGGGGCCUCAGCUGCAGAUCUCCUGGAGCAGUGGCAUCAUGGCGGACAGUCCCUGGAUGUGCUGGAUUUGGUACCCAUAUGCGUUGUUAAUGCUCCGGAGCUCAGCCAACAGGCCCAGCAGCUUCGCAUACAGAAACCUUUGGAGGAAGUAGUGGGGUCACCAGGGAAAGAGGAAAGUUAGGUAGCUGAGAGUCUUGUCUUGAGGUCUUGCUCCCCUGAACUUUCCCUCAGUGAAGCUAGGUCUGAACACUAGAGAAACUCAUGCUCUGGUAUGAAAUAUUUAUCAAAAAUUCCAAAGGUUCCCGAGGUCUUCUCUCACCAUGCUGUUUUUCUUGAACCCAGAGGUCUGAGGGCCAAGUGUGAAGAAAGCCCCAAACUUGGUCAGAACUUCACCUGUGUGGAAUCUGUGGAUCUGGCCUUCUAGAGGAGGUUCUAGAAGGUGGGUGUGUUCUAUGGUCUAAAGCAUCCGUCUUCUGGCCAGACUGGCUCAUUGAGGAACAAACGAGAACAAGCAGAGUGUACCUCAGAGCCUGGAUAGAUCAUGGACUGUUGAGCCAGGGACUGGCUUUGGCCAUGAAACUGAAUGACCAUAAUAACUUCAAGGGGGAUGAAAAAUUAAAGGAAUGGGCCAAUGGAGAGGAAGGGAAGGGCGAAGGAAAGAGAGCAAAUGAGAAUCUUGGAAGGCUGCUUUAGCCUGCAGAGUUGGAUGGGUAAGGUGAUGGAUGCCAUCAAUCUCAGGAAUGCUAUUAUACAGAGCCUGCGAGCUACUACUUUGCAUCUCUACUGAAUAAAAAAAAAAAAAAAUCUGGAAAAAAUCAGAUGAAACAGCAGUAGGAGCGAUUUGGAUGCCAGAACCAUAUGAGGUGCGAGGGAAGGACUAGAGCCCCCAAGGGACCUGGUUUCCCAGAGGAAAGGACAGUAAAAGCAUUCCUCCUGA